AUGGCUCUGGAGAGUUUUAGUUCAUCAAUGACACCAGAUAUGAUCAAUGGGGGUAACCCGAGAAGAAACUCAUUAGCCGGGUCAACAAACACCAGAGAAAUGGUUCCGUCUCUUUAUCGGAGAGCUUCUAUUGGUACUUAUCACGAUUUCUGCAAACCAGGGAAGAAACAUGAUGAAACUGAAGAGAAGGUUAGGCUUCCUUUUCCGAAGAGGAUUAUAAAGAAGCCAUCAGAUGAGCCGAAUUUGUUCGGGAGCUCAGACUCGCCAGAGAGGAAGAAGAUAACACCAAUUAGGUCCAGAUCUCUCCCCAACUCUGAAAUUCACAUCCCUGAUAUUUCUGAGGUCACCGAGCUUCAGACAUCGACCGACUCGCCGGGCAGAAAUAAGCCUAUAGUAAAAGCAAAGGCAUCAGUGGUAAAGCCCAAGACCAAAUAUGGUCCCAAUUCCGGAAGUCAUUCCUCUCAUAUCUUUGAUAUUAUGAACCUUGAGGUGCCUAUGAACUCUUCGGAUAAAAAGAAUGUUAUGAGAAAGCUCAAACCUUUGACCAAGUUAAAAUCCGACUUAUCCGAUGCCGGUAAAGGCAUGCUGCAGGACGGAUCAUCGCGUUUCAGGAGAGUACAAGUCUCUUCAAAGAAAGUUCCAUCAAAAGCUAAUGAGGAAAGCCUUUUGAAACUGCCCACUACUUUGAAGCCGAAAGCUCGGUCCGGAAAGCUUCUUCUUGCUGUACCAUCUGACGUUCUAAGCGUCCGGAGGCAGAGCGGAACCCGUGACACGAAGAUGGGAAGAGCAACUGUACCCUCCAAAGUAACCUUAGAGGAAGUUUCUGCAUCAAGCAGAGCUCCAUUGUCCAGAAGAGCUUCUCUUUCAGGACCUAUAAGCCGAAGUGCAAGGAAGAACAAGAACUUAAAAGUUGUGCUUCCACAUAAGAAUCAGAACGAGGUUGAAAAUGCCAAAACCGAGCAGCAAAUUCUCGAUGAACAAGUCGAAAGAAACAUCGACACCAUUAAUGAGAAAACACUGUAUGCAAUCAAAUUGGAGACGGAAGAUGUAAUGUUGGAAUCAGAUAAAAAUGAGAAUUGUGCUGCUGAAGUGUCUCCAAACGUUACAGAUGAAUCCGAGUCUACCGUGACCAAAGCCAAACAUGACUCGGAUUCUGCAUUCAAUAAUGUACACAUGGACGAAGCAGACAUUUCCGAUGAUUGCCAACCUGUGAAAUUAUCUUUCCGGAGAGGGACGAUUAUCGACAUUCAGUACGACGAUCAUUGUCCGAUGCAGCUCAAGUUCAAGCAAGGAAGUGUGGAAUGUGGCACAAAUGACAACGAACCAAGUGAGGAAAAGGUUGUUUUAAGACACCAGGAUGUGCCGGGAAGCAAGAUGGACAGGGUUUGUUUAAUAACAUCAUCGAAGAAGCUGUGA